CCAGUUGUGAUCCGUAUCGAAAGUACGGAAGCUGUAAUGGGAGUAUCGGGUGUGAGCGGUUGACCUUAAACGUGGGUGGAUUAAACAGGAUUUUUGCAGUCAAGGACAUUGUAGCAGUGAGACUACAGAGAUUUCCACUGGACUCAGUUUGUUUGAAAGCAGUUCUGUGCCCGUCCAUCACUGAGCUGACAAAAUGAACUAUGCAAGUGAACAAUUAUACAACGGCUACCUGCGGCAGAAUUUGGCAACUUUUGUUACUGUGGUAAGACCCACUGAGAUCAUGGUUCAUCUCCAGUGCCUUACUCAGUCUGAUCGGGAUGAGAUAUAUGCAAAGAAAGAAAGCAGGGGCAACUUUGAUGCCAUGCAGCUGCUGCUGGACUGCCUGAGACGCAGGGAGAACUGGCCCGAGCAGCUGAUCCAAGCCUUGAGGAACUGUGAGCACCUGCAGCUUUCCAGAGAAGUUGAGAGAGAGUACAACUCUUUGAGAGCCAACAUGAAUGGCAGAGCUGCCCCAGUGCUACCCUCUGCUGCUCCUCAUGGUGAACCUCCUGCUCCUCCUGCUGCGUCAUCUGGUGGACACCCUGCUCCUACUCCUGCUCCAGCUAGUGAACCUCCUGCUGCCCCGUGCAGUGGACCGCCUCCUCCUUCUCCUCCUGCUCCAUCUGGUACACCUCCUGCUGCUUCUGUGCAUUCUCCUUUGUCUCCAGUUGCUGUUCCUCCACCUUCAGCAGAUGCCAACCCAUCUCCUGCCCCAAAGCAAAUGGUCCCAGCUAUGGCACUGACAAACAACGUGGCUCCUAUGGACCCGCAGUGUGACAGGAGUCCUGGUGACAAGAAUCUGAUCCCCAGUCACAGAGCUCAUACUGGUUCAGUGGAGACUCAGAAUUCGCCAACAACAUCCGCACAGGAGGUCCCUGCUACAGCAAUGCAGGCAACCUGCUCAGAAGAUCACGUGUCCCAGCACACUAACCAGCCCUUGCCCCCAAAGACCGAUACCCCAACCUGUGCAGGACCUGCAUCCAGCUCACAGCGGUCCCUGGUUAAUAAUCCAGUACAGGAGACAAAUCCACUGAAUACUGAUAUGACUAGUGUGAGCAUCAGCAGAGGCCCAGUAGAGAACUUAGACCCAACUGCAAAUCAGGUACAAGACAGCCAUCAGUAUGUAGCGCUCCCUCAAGGGCGUACAGCCCUGCAAGGUGUCACGAUAAUGCCGCCUCCUGCCAACCAGGGACGCUCCAGUAUCCUGGCCUCCAGCAUUUCCUCUCGUGGAACCACAGUGGAGGAGGAGCACCUCAGCAAGCCUGGGGAACUUCAGCUCCCUUUUGCCCGUUCUGAUCCAGAGGAACCAUAUUCUGGUGACGCCGACCGUCUGGAAUUUAGUGACACCCUGGGGGUCCCUUGCAGGACGGCGCUGGAGGACAGUCACUACGAGAGCAUCCACAGCAGCGAAGAUGUGUACACAAACGAGAUCCAUGUGUCCGAAGAGGCCUCGAUCCAGAACCAUGCAGGUCAAAGCCUGGGCAGCCAAAGAGAAAGCCACAUGACCCAGGCAGGGCAGAACAGUCACAGUGCGGAGGGUACCCUGCAGAGUAAUUCCACAUCUUACCCUCUAAUAGAUAACUAUUACGUCCCUGCUGCUGUGGUGGUGGCAGCAGCAUGUGUGCUGGUCUUGCUGUGGAGGCUGAAAGAGUGAGGUUUCAUUUAAGGCAAAUUAUUUUCUGGAAAGCACUUCCAAUCAUAGAAAUUUAAGCACUUUAAUGUGAUCCUAAAUAUUGUAAUUUUAGCUAUAUGAGGCAAAAGUAGUGUGCAUUUUCUCAGUCUGCAAAUUAUUAUGGAUAUAAUGACUGUCACAUUUUGACUGUUUUGACGUGGAAGCUUGACCUGUUCUGCUCUAUGUUCCAGCUGAAGCAACAAGGAAAAAAAGACCUUAAGGAAAAAGUUGCUCUGAAAUGUACUUACUAGUGAGCUACUUUAUCAGUGUCCAGUUUUGUCAUUUUCAUGACACAGUCACCAAAAGAAGCACCCAGUUAACAGAAUUUCUUUACAAUUGGCCCAUGCAACUGUCCACUGGUCUGUCUCACAUCUACUCCUGUCUUCAUGGAGACUAUAAUCAUUCAUGUGGUGAAAAGGGAAGUGCAAACAGUCCAUACAUGCUGUUUCUGGUUAUUUAGUGGGUGAUCUAGAUUAACUUUUGUUAUUUGUUAUGUGCUGUUUCACCAUUUAACACCUCUGUAAACAUAUAUUCUAAAAGAGUAGCUCUAAAGGUUUUUUUUUUUUUUUUUCUUUUUUUUAAAAAAAAAAGAAGAAGAAG